AUGAAAAUAUUAAAUUCAUGUAACUUUUGUAAAAAAUUUUGUAAAGAAUUCAAAGAAUUUGCUUUACAAGGCAAUGUAUUUGAAUUGGCUAUAGGUAUCAUAAUUGGUACUGCAUUUGCUAAUGUUGUUAAAUCUCUUGUUGAAGAUAUUAUAACACCACCAUUUGGACUUCUUUUAGGUGGUGUUGAUUUUCGUGAUUUAACAGUAGAAAUGCAUAAUUUUGUAUAUCAAGAUCAACCACCUGUUGUUAUUCGUUAUGGAAAAUUUAUUCAAGAGCUUAUUUAUUUACUUAUUAUAGGACUUGUUUUAUUUUUCAUUAUUAAAUCAAUUAAUAAACUACAUGGAUUAGCGACGAAACGUCAAUUAGAAGAAGGAAUGAUGAAGAAACAAGAAUUAAGUAAUGAAGUAAAAGUUUUAUUAGAAAUACGAGAUAUUUUGAUAAAACAAACACCUGUUAUCGACGAAAUUAUGUUAUAA